AUGGAUGAAAUAAAUCCAAACAAGUAUACGGCUGCGCAGUUGCGUGGAUGGCUUCAGCAGCUGAACUUGCCGACGGCUGGCACAAAAAGUGCACUAGUUUUGCGACUCAACGACAUACCGCAGAACGAAAGAGGUGUGUGUCCAAUCGAAGACAACAGUUUAGCGACGAAUGUAACUGAUGGUGUUAGUGAGUGUGAAUAUGAGGACAAUGAAACACAAGACAAUGUCAUUGAGAAAAAAGGAAGAGUUCGAAAAUAUAGACAAACAGUCUUGUGUGGGGGUGUGGAAAUUAACACCGUUAACAGCGGUGGUGCGAAUGAAAAUGAGCAAAGUGCAAAUGAUAGAGAUGGUGGUGCGAAUGGUGACAGUGGUUUAACAAAUGAGUGCGGUGGCUGUGUAAAUAAUAGUGGUGGUGGAACAGUGAACGGAGUAAACAGUGGCGAAAAUGAUUGCAACAGUGGUGAAGUAAAUAAUAGCAGUACUGCAUAUGGUUGUAACGUUGGUGGUGAAGGCGUUAACAUUGGCGAAUAUAGAGAAAACAACAAUGAGCGUGAACAGAGCAGUAUUGUAAAAGCUAAGGAAAAUUCUGGUAGUGGUGGCAAUACUUCUUUUACAUUAUUGAAGGAGUUGUUGCCAGAAUAUGAUGGUUCUACCGCGCCAACUAUUUUUGUUGCGCAAGUAAGAAAUAUAAUGGAGCUGUAUUCAGUAGACAUAAGUACAGUUAAGGCAUUACUAAUGUCAAAGGUCAAAGGGAAAGCACAAUGCUGGUUGCAUGCCAAGUCUAAUUACUUACACGAGGAUCUGAAUAAGCUGCUUGACGAGUUAACAGAAUUGUUUGGAGAUAAAGAAAAUAAGCUUUCAAUACGACGAAAGUUCGAAUAUAGAAAGUGGCAGUAUAAUGAAGACUUCAUAACCUAUUUUAAUGACAAAGUUGUUUUGGCCGAGCGCUUGAGAAUUCCUGAAGAUGAGCUAAUAGACUACGUCAUCGAGGGGAUCCCUGAUAACAGUUUGAAAAUCCACGCAAAUUUGCAGUGUUUCCAGAGUAAAUCGCAGCUUUUGAUGGCUUUUUCUAAGAUAUCCUUAAAGGGACGUGAGCAAACUUACAACAAAGGAGAAAAGCGAGAAUCUGGUGUUCGGUGCUACAACUGUAAUUGCUUUGGACACUAUGCGAGUGAGUGUCAGAAACCAAAGAGGGAAGUGGGUGCUUGCUAUGGUUGUGGAAGCUUAAACCAUCUCGUUGCUGCCUGCCCAGAACGGAAGACAGAUAGACCCGAGAAUGCCUGAUGGAUACAGGGAGUCCCGCAUGCUUUAUAAAGAAAUCUCUGAUAUCACAGAGGAUUGGCUUGAAGCAUAUGAAUAAU